UUGUUUACAUCUAUUAGAGACGGCAACCCAACUACUUGACUUCCGAAAACAGUUUUAGCAUAAAUUUACAAUAGUUUAAAAUUAUGCCUAUAUAUAGUUUAUUACAACCUCAAAUUAAAUUAAAUAUUUCUUAAUACCGACCACAUCGUUAACUAUGUAAUAAACUGUACAGUGUGAUAAAUUUAUAGUGCAAUGCUUUUGUCAUCGUCAUCAUUUUAUCGUCAAAUACAAUAUGUUUGGUAGAAAAAAUAUAAAGUAUACGGCAAUUGAUAAGACUGAUGAUAGCGGCAGUAUCCUACAGGAAACUGUUGAAUUCGAACCGAUGAAACGAAAAUUUUGUACACCCUCAUGUUUAUGGUCUGCUGUGUUUACCGGGGCCCUUAUUGGGACCUACUACAUCCCUUCUGUUGGUCUUACAUUUUACCAAAGAUGGCUUUUACAGAGAUUUCCUUUUCCUUUGUUAACAGUUCUAGUCCAUAUGAUAGUCAAAUUUAUCCUAGCAGCCUUGGUUAGGUUAUGCUUUGUAAAGAACCCACAUAAGCAAAGGACUGUUAUAGGCUGGAAAGAAUAUGUAUUAGCAGUAGCACCUACUGGACUAUUUAGUGGGAUUGAUAUAGGAUUUUCAAAUUGGGGUCUCGAGUUGAUUACAGUCUCUUUGUAUACUAUGACCAAGUCAACAACGAUAGUUUUCAUAUUGUUUUUCUCUAUACUAUUCAAAUUAGAGAAAAAGUCUUGGAGUCUCUGUGGUAUAGUUCUCAUGAUAACAGCAGGUCUAAUCCUAUUCACCUACAAAUCUACACAAUUUAACUUUUUGGGCUUCUCACUGCUUUUAAUAGCAUCAAUUUCGAGUGGCUUAAGAUGGACUUGUGUGCAGUUAUUGUUGCAAAAGUCGAAACUAGGGAUGAACAACCCCAUCGACAUGAUUUACCAUAUGCAACCUUGGAUGAUUGCUUCUGUUCUGCCUUUUGCCUUAUGGAAUGAAGGCUUUGAUGUGAUCAGGAGUUGUCAAGUAUUUGGUUUUAUGGAACUUCAUAAAUUUUUAACUUUAUCUCUUAAAGUAUUAUUGGGAGCAUUUAUAGCUUUUUUCAUGGAGUUUAGUGAAGUUACCCUUGUAACAUAUACGUCAAGUUUGACUCUUGCUAUUGCAGGCAUUUUUAAGGAAGUAUUUAUUUUAGCUUUAGCAGUUGAAAUGAAUGGGGACAUAAUGUCACCACUUAAUAUGGCAGGGUUAUUUAUUUGCCUGUGUGGCAUUUCUGGACAUGUUAUUCAUAAAAUUAAGUCUACACCACAGACCAGACAAACGGGUCGUGUAUAUGAACACCUUAAUGAACGAUACGAACUUGGGGAAAACCUAAUUGAAGACCUAAAAGCUGACGAAAGUAACGACGAAAAAAGUGACACAGAAGUUUUAUUUGAUAUUUUAAGCCGUGAGAAACGAUAUAGCUUUUAAUCUUGUCAAUUAAAAGACUUAUAUACCCGACUAUGUUAAUAUCUAUUUUAUUUGCGCUGUGGAAACUUAAGUUUAAGAUUAAAUAUCGUUUUUGUUGUUUA